AUGUCUUCAAACACAACCGUUCUCAUUACAGGUGCAAGCCGCGGCAUCGGUCAAGGCUUCGUUGAGACGUAUCUCAACCUGCCGAAUACCACAGUCGUGGCAGCAGUCCGAAGUGCUGCAUCUGCAGAACCACUUCAAGCGCUGGCAAAAGCUUCCGGCAGCCGUCUUGUUGUUAUCGAGAUUAAUGUCGCAUCCUUUGAGACUAUCAAACAGGGCAUUGCCUCCUUGAAGUCUGAGCACAAUAUUGAUAGCCUUGAUAUUGUUCUUGCCAAUGCUGGCAGUGUCAACAUGAGCCCUAAGGUCGCUGAGUUCAAGAUACCUUCAGACAUCCAGCCUUUUGUUGACGCCAACGUGUAUGGCCAGUUAGAGCUGUACAAUGCUGUUGCGCCGUUGCUGCGUAAAUCAAACAAAACAACAAAACCUAAAUUCAUGUACAUGUCUAGUGUGGUUGGAAGCUUGACAUCAAUGAACAAUAUGCUUGAAUUGUCAGCUUAUGGCGCAAGUAAAGCCUUCGGUAAUUUCCUCUUCAAGUGGCUGUCCCUUGAGCAGCAAGACAUCGUCCUAUGGGCGCAACAUCCAGGUGCGGUUGCGACGGCCGGCGCCAUUGAAAGUUUCCCAGCCCUCAAGGCGAAGGGGAUUGACCCGGACCUGUUUUUUGUCUCGGUGGAGCAGGCCUGCAAAAGUAUCUUGCAGAUUAUUGAUAGCGCCACGUUGGAGAAGACGCACGGCAAAUUUCUCGGUCCCGAUGGCGAGGAGAUUCCAUGGUGA